AUGAAAAUUCACAUUGCAAACAUAAAGGUGUGCAACGUUUCUGAACAGUGCAAAAUAAAACUUCAAAUAGAAAGUCUAAACGAACAUUCGGAUGGUUUCAAGAAACUUUACAACCAAGAUAAAGUUUUGCAACAUCGGCAGAAUGUUAUAAAAGCUGAAGAAAUGGAAGCCGAGGAAUUAAGAAAGAGACAAUUGGAAAUAAACGAGAUGCAGAAGAAGAAGGCUAUUGAAGUUGAGCGGGAAUGCGAAACUAUUGAAAGCGAAUGUAACGUAUUAAAGAAACGUAACAAAGCUAUAAUGUUACAAUUAAGACGUAAGCUACUAGAGACGGAUGAAAUAAGGAGGAAUCUCAUGAAAAAUAAAAACAUGGAAACAUCU